AUGGCUUCGAUAUUCUUGCCACCCGACCAGACUCGUCUGGUGACGAUUGCCGCCCACGUCGAUCACGGCAAGACGACCUUGGCGGACAGUCUGAUUGAAAGCAAUGGGAUCAUUAGCGAACGAUUGGCGGGGACCUUGAGAUAUCUCGACUUUUUGGACGAAGAACGACGGCGUGGGAUUACCAUGCGGGCGUCGGCGAUUGGACUCAAGCAUCGGUAUCUGUCGCCCACCAAAAAGCAAGACUCCUCGACGCAAAAGGCACCCUUUUUGGAUUUGGUCGUUCAUCUGUUGGAUUCGCCCGGUCACACGGAUUUUUCGACCGAAGUUUCUUCGUCCUUGCAAUGUUGCGAUGGUUGCUUGUUGGUGAUUGAUGCUGUGGAAGGAGUUUGUGCGAGAACCCAUCAAGUGAUUCGAGAGGCUCAUUUGCACGAGUUGGUACCAAUUUUGGUCAUCAACAAGGUUGAUCGACUGUGUACUGGCCUAUGUCUGACACCGACAGAAGCCUAUUUGAGAUUGCGAGGAUUGAUUGAAACUGUCAAUGCAACCUGUGCGGCCAUGCUCAAUUCGAAACAAGCCGAAGACAAACAGGAUGUGACAAACAACAACAACAACAAAAACAGCAACAACAACAACAACAAUAAUAAUAAUUCUGAUACACCAAUGACACCGGAAGAAGAACAUUGGACCUUUGAACCAUCCAAAGGAAACGUGGUCUUUGCGAGUGCCUUGUAUGGUUGGGGAUUUACAGUUCCGUCUCUGGCACGAUCGUUGUUUCGGUCCAAAACAGUAUCAAUAAAACCAGUUGCUUUGAAGCAGUGUCUGUUUGGGGAUUUCAAAUGCAAGGAGGGAGACAAAAAAGUACUCAAGUGGAAACAUGAUUCUUCCGACGAUCCGCUCUUUGCACAAUAUGCCUUGCAGCCAAUUUGGGAAAUCUACGAAGGGGUUGCGACCGCAGCUGUAUCCGCUGGAAUUGGGACCUCUUUGUUUGCCGAUGGCCGCAUCCUUUCCAACAACAACAACAACAACAACACAUCGGCAGGGAAACAACCAUCCAAAAUCAAGGCGGAUACACCGGGUAUGGAUCAAGUCUUGGAGAUUGCCCAGAUUGGAAGUACGAGCAAAGGCACGGGGACUCCAAUGCCCUCCACUUACCAAGAAAUGGAUGCCGUUUUGGCAAAGAUUGGAGCUUCCUCGGAAGAAGCUGUGCUUAGGUUGAUUAUGCGAAGGUAUCGGCCCUUGAGUAAUACUGUUUUGGAUGCUGUGUAUGAAAUCUUGCCCUCGCCCGCCAUGGCCGCCAGCAAGGUUCGUUCGCGAGCAUUGGCAUUGGCCAAUCCAAAAAUGGAACAAGAAGGAAUGGAACCCAAUCCUACCGCCACCACGGCGUUGCAAGAGAUUCGAUCGGCGGUCGAGGCCUGCAAUGCUUCGGUAGAUGUGCCUGCAGUAGCCCACAUUUGUAAAUUCAUGGCGGUCGAUCGGAGCGUCAUUCGGGAUCCACAACUGGGAGAUGAGGAAAAGAGUGUCAUUUUGGGCUUGUCGCGUGUAUUGAGUGGUACCCUCAAGACAGGAUCGGACUACUAUGUCAUGGGACCCAAACAUGCCAAGAAUGUUUCUUCGGAAGAGCAAAAACGACAAAUUCGAUUGUAUCUCUUAAUGGGAUCCUCCUUUUUACUUGUGAAGGAAGUUCCUGCCGGUCAUUUGUGUGCCAUUCAGAAUUUGGAUGACCUACAACUCAAGACGGCUACCAUAUGUGAGAGUCCAUACGGGAUGCCACUGCAAGGAUUUGAUAGUGGGAUCCGUCCCUUGGUCAAGGUCAAUGUGGAAUCGGUGGAUCCGGCAGAUACCUAUGUGUUGGAACAUGGUUUGGUCAAACUCAGUUCGGCGGAUUCGGCCGUGGAAAUUACGGCGACUGCCAAGGGAGAACGAAUUCUGGCGUGUCUGGGAGAGAUCCACCUGGAACAAUCCAUUUUGGAUUUAAAGAAUAUCUACUGCGAGAGGAAUAUUGAAUUGCGAAUAUCCGACCCCAUUGUGGAAUUUGGAGAGACGACUACUUGGUUUGAGGAUGAAUUGGAUUUUGGAAACUUUUUGGAGCGAUCAUCUGCCCCACUACGACAAUCGACCAUUCCACCUUACAAUGAAGAAGAAGGCUUGGAGUUUGCCUUGCACGGGCGAUCACGGGCCAUCUUGUCGGGACGAGCGGCAGCAAUAAGUCUUCGUGUUGUCCCUUUACCAAAUUCAAUCUACGUGGCACUGCAGUCGAAAAAGCUAGUGGAGGAAGAAUGCAAGGAUGAUUUGCUGGUCAUGGCAAAGGCGCUGGGGUUAAAUGGUGCCAACAUGGAUCCGUCUGCCAUAUUUGAAGCGUUGAGUCAAUCACUCUGUACGAGUGAUGAAUCUGGCAAUGCUCUUGUUGAGAGCAAGGCGCUCAUUGCUGGGGAUACAAUCAAGGCCGUUGUCUCGGAUGCCGGAGAGAUUCAUGUCGCAAAAAAAGACGUCCUUGUUUCCCCAGAGGAAGAGCCCACUGUGGCACCAGAUACUCCAGCUACCCAAGCCUUCAAGGAAGUUAGUUCACAAAUUCGCAAGCUUGGCUUUGAGGCAAGUUCAAAUCCAAUUGAGAUGGAUUCGAAUGAUUCUGGUGCUGUGGAGAUGUGGAAAAAACAGAUGCGUCAUUCAGCGAUAGCUGGAUUCCAAAUGGCGGUGCGGGCUGGGCCAAUCUGCGAAGAACCAGUUCGUGGUAUCCUGGUGGUCAUUGAAGGUGUCGAAGUUGCUCUGACAAAAUCACCAGAUGACGAAUCCUACAAACCAGCCAAACUGAUGACUAGUGGUAUGGUAGCAUCUGCAAUUCGAUCGGGUAUUCGUGGAGCUUUGCUCACUCGACCAUCGAGGCUCUUGGAGAGGCAUUUCCGAUUGACCCUGCAUUCGUCCUUGGAAGCGUUAGGGUCGCUAUAUUCGGUGCUAUCGCGAAGACGUGGAAAGGUGUUGAAUGACUCCAUGGUAGAUGGAACUGAUCUACUUGAAAUAUCUGCAGCUUUGCCUCAUGCCGAAUCCUUUGGUCUCGCACCAGAACUCUUUCGUCAAUCCAGCGGACAAGUCACAGCACCCGAGCUUGUGUUUUCUCAUUGGGAAAGAUUGGACGAAGACCCAUUUUGGGUUCCCACCUCAUUGGAAGAGCGCGAGGACUUUGGGGAAAACCUCCAGAACGGUGACAUCUCAACAGGAAUGAGCAACAUAGCUCUGAACUACAUUCGAAAAGUCCGGGCGCGGAAAGGGCUGGUGGUAGAUUCAAUUAGAACAGUUGAGGCAGCUGAAAAGCAAAGGACUAUGAAGAGAUAA